AUGGAGGAGAUUGCUGUGGUUGGGAUAGGAUGCAAUUUCCCAGGAGGUGAAGGACUUGACAACUUUUGGAAGGUACUAGUCGAAGGGAAGAACUGUGCUAUAGACAUUCCCGAUGAGCGCUUUGACUGUUCUCAGUGGUAUGACCCUGAUGACAGCAAACCAGGGAAGACAAGAACAAAGAAGGCUGCCCUCAUAAAUGGGUUUAAUGAGUUUGACCACAAAUUCUUUGGCAUCAGUGAUGCUGAGGCAGACCAAAUGGACCCUCAGCACAAAUUGCUGCUACAGUGCUCCUACAGAGCACUAGAGGAUGCUGGGAUACCAUUGGAGAAGGCCAGUGGCACCAACACAGGCAUUUACAUAGGUCUCAUGAACAGAGAUUAUGAGAUCCGUGUGAACAGCAGCAGCACCACCAUAAACCACUACUUCUCAACGGGCACGGCCAUGAGUGUGGCAGCCAACAGGAUCUCCUACACGUUCAACUUCACCGGGCCGUCGUUUGCUCUGGACUGCGCCUGCUCCUCCUCUUUAGUUGCCCUUCACUCUGCCUGCCAAGGCAUCAGACAUGGUGACUGUGACAUGGCCCUUUGUGGAGGUGUCAGUUGCAUCUUUGAGCCCAACAUCUUUGUGGCUCUGAGUAAGGCCAAGAUGAUCUCACCUGAAGGCACGAGCAAACCCUUCUCCAGCAAAGCAGACGGAUAUGGCAGAGGAGAGGGCUGUGGUAUUGUCCUUUUAAAGCCUCUUAAAAAGGCUUUAAUGGACUCUGAUCACAUCUGGGGUGUUAUCAGCAAAACGGCAGUUAACCAGGACGGCCGCACUGUCACUCCAAUCACCAAGCCAUCCAUGGUCCAGCAGGAGGAGCUGCUCUCCAGGGUCUACUCUACUGAGAGUGAUCUGGCCAGUGUUCAGUACAUAGAGGCUCAUGGGACUGGAACACCAGUAGGUGACCCAACAGAAGCAGGGAGCAUCUCUAAAGUAAUUGCCAAAGCUAGACCAACAGGGUCAGGCCGAAUUUACAUGGGUUCUGUGAAGGGAAACAUAGGGCACACAGAAUCAGCAGCAGGUGUGGCAGGGCUAAUCAAGGUUCUAUUGAUGAUGAAAUAUGAGACCAUUGUUCCCUCAGUGUUCUACACAGAGGAUGGAGCUAGCAUAGAUGCCAAAGCACUCAAUGUAAUUGUACCUACCCAACCUGAACAAUGGAAAGCCUCCAGUACUGGCAGGUUAGCAGGGGUAAACAAUUUUGGUUUUGGGGGCACCAAUGCCCACGUAAUUGUCAAACAGCACCAACAAACAAAUGCAAGUGCAAGUGGCGGGGUUAGAAAAUCUCACUUGUUUGUCCUCUCUGCAAUGUCAGAAAAAUCCCUUGCCAACAUGAUUGCUAACACAGCUGACCAAAUUGGUAAAGAAACAAUACCUGAUUUACAAACUCUUUCAUAUACAUCAGCAUGUAGAAGAACUCACAUGAAACAUAAAUACAGAAAAGUGUUCAGAACUUCCUCUUUGGCAGAUUUGGCGUUACAGCUGAAAUCUAGUCUUGACAAAAAGAUUACUCCCACUAAAUCAGAUCCCAAAUUGGUGUUCAUUUUCUGUGGGAAUGGUGUAACCUACAGGGGCAUGUGUCAGGAGCUCCUCAAGAAAGAGCCCGUUUUCAGAUCAAAGGUCACAGAAAUCCAGACGGUCUUACAAAAGUACAAAAAAGUGAACCUGGUAGAUGCACUUGAGAACAUGACUGAUAACGAGCUGGAUUUGUCAAACCCAGCUGUUGUCCAGCCACAACUCUUUGCUGUUCAGGUCGCUCUUGCUACUCUCCUGAAGCACUGGGGUGUCAGGCCAGAUGCCAUUCUUGGGCAUUCUGUUGGAGAAGUUGCUGCUGCACAUUGCUCAGGGCUAUUGUCCCUUGAGGAUGCUGUCAAGGUUAUUCAUUACCGCAGUGAACUACAGAGCAAGGUCACUGGGGGAAAGAUGCUGGUUGUCAGUAACAUGGCUGUGGGAAAUGUUCUUCCAUAUUUGUCUUCAUUCUCAGGACGGGUUUGUUUGGCAGCCCAGAACAGUCCGAUGUCUUGUACACUAUCAGGCGAUGAAGAGUCCAUUUUGGCUCUCCACCAAACUUUAAGCAACUUGCCAGAUAGCAAGAUGAUGUUUCUUCAUGUAUUGGAUGUCGCUGCAGCCUAUCAUAGUCACAUGAUGGAUCCAAUUCUCCCAGAGGUAGAGAACAGCAUAGGUACAUUGAUGAGAAGUAAAAUGGACACAGAGUUGUACUCCACAGUGACGGGCAAACUGGCUGACAACAAUGACGUCUGCACUGGCAAUUACUGGUCCAGGAACAUCCGUGAGGCGGUAGAAUUUGAAAAAGCUUUGACCGCAGCUGCUAAAGACAAAAAGAAUGUUGUGUUUGUAGAGAUAGGGCCCAGACGAGCCUUAUACAGAAACAUCAUGGAGACACUUGGAAAUGACUCCGUUGUCUUGUCAUCAGCACAACCAGAGAAAGACCACGAGACACUACAAAUGACAUUCACAAAGCUGUUUGAGUUAGGGUUCAAUGUAAACUGGGAUCAGUUCUAUUCAGGAAUGCAGAUCAUUCCAACUGCCCUGCCAAGGUAUCAGUUUGACUGUGUUAAGAAAUCAAUUUCCUUUCCAUACACCCAAGAGCAUCUAACAAGUGGCCAUCCUGUGCUUAAACAGACAGGCAAAGCAGUGAAUGAGUUCACCUGUGAUUUGUCAUGUAAGGAGCUCUCGUAUUUAUCCGAACACAAGAACAAUGGCGUUGCAAUCAUCCCGGGAGCCUUGUACAUUGACAUAGGGCUGUCAGCCUGCAUUGCCAAUGCCAAACCAAAGGCACCUCUCAACAUGCUGCAGCUCAGUAUCAACUUUUUGAGUCCAUUUCUGUUGACCAAGCGUCAGCCUGAACUGAAGGUGUCACUUGAACCGGCUGAACAUAAAACACUAUUUAAAAUUCAUUCAGGCAAUACAGUCUUUGCCUCUGGUAACAUUGACUUCAAAGAAGAACAAAAUAUGGAGGAAAAGAACAUCUCAUUAGACAGUGUAUCUAGGAGAUGCACCUCUGUUAUUAAAUCUGAUGAGCUGUACAGGAAGUUAGACAUGGGAGGGUUCCAGUAUGGCAGUGUGUUUCAGAAUAAAGCGGACAUUUUCUGUGGGGAGGAACUUAGGGAGGCAUACUCAGUUCUCACUGUUCCAGACGAGUUGCUUUGUCAACUGCAUGAAUUCUGCGUGCAUCCAGUCAUCAUGGAUUACCUAAUGCAAAUGACACUCAUUGUCGGCUGUCAAGGGAAUGUGGUCCGGCCUAGUUUUCCCUCAGCUGUUGGGAGUUUGACCGUCCUUGAGCCCUUACAGAAGGACAUGGCAAUAUAUUUGAGAGCCACCGAUUUGGCUGACAGCCAUUUCGUGGUGUGUGGAUGCCUGACAGACAAAGAAGGAAAGGUUCUUGUUGAGGUGAGGGAUUUACUGGUCAAGUAUGUUGAAAGCUACUCUAGUGUUGUUGAGAAAGACUUUUUUCACAAUAACUUUAGUGUCCUCUCAGAGGAUGUGCAGGCAAAAUUUCAGGGCAAGGCCUUAGUGUUUUCUGAUCAUGGUGCCAUUGGCUUAGCUUUAAAACCAUAUAUACGCAAAGACUCCAAAUACAUUUCUUCAAAGUAUGGAAGUACAAUUUUGGAACAGGGACUCGCUUCCAUUUUGGCCAAAAUGAACAGCAAUGUGAAAAAAUUUACAGAUAUUUUGUUUCUGGGGGGAAUUCCUAGUUUUUCUAACCAACCAGCUGAUGAUGUUUUAUCAAACAUGGCAAAUUGUUGCGAACAGUUUCGGCAAAUAAUUUUGCAACUGAGGAAGAUGAAUUUCUCAAAUUCCUUCAGAGUAGUGACAUGUAAAUCUUCAGAGAUUACAGUGGAUAACACAAACCCAGGCUUUGUACUUUCGGGCAUGACAAGAGCCUGUGCAGCUGAAAUAUCCGAAUUUACAUUCCAGCUGAUUGACAUUGGCUCAGUCUCGGCAGAGGAUGUACGGGCACUUGCUCAUAUCCUCACCUUCUACCCCAGCAGUGAAUACCCAGAGCUGGUGAUUAAGAACGGCCAGGUUCUCCAGCCACAAAUUGUUCGCACCUCCCUGCCAGUUAGCAUCAACCAGCAGAAAAACACUCAAUGUUCACCACAAACACCCUUCAGUUUAAUGACUGCAGACCCUUUUAAAAUGACCAGCCUGUCUGCACUUCCUUCUGACGAGGAAGAGAGACAGAUUCCAGAGAAACAUAUUGAAGUUCAAGUUCACAAGAUUUGUGUGCAUUCUUCAGAUUACUAUGCAAUCAGUGUUUCCGAUUAUAGGUUUGGUCAGACGAUAUAUUGGAACACACACACAAAUCAAAACCACAAGCUCCUGGCUCUUGAUUUCAGUGGAAUUGUAACAGCCACAGGGAAAAGUGUAGGCAAAGUAAAAGUGGGAGAUCACAUUGCUGCCUGUUAUCCUGUGAUGGCAUCCUCCAAAGUGAUAAUCCCAGAGGGUGUUUGCUACAGGAUUAAGAAAUUUCCUUUUUUAAAGGAUUUGCCAUGUGUUUCAUACUAUGUGAUAGUGUGGAGCAUACUAUACUCUACUUUGCCAAAGAAAAAGAAUGGAAAAUUAGGCAUUAUCACCUCUGUCCCUGAUUCAGUCAUGGUAAAAGCCCUCGCCGUGAUUGCAAACAAGUCUGGGUGGAAUGCCUUUGUUUCAACUGAAUUCAGUGGGCCGCUGCAAGAUCUAAACAAAUUUGAUGCCCUUGUCCUAAUGCCUCCUUUUGAGAAAUGGCUAUACACCAAAGCCAGCACAAUUUCUGGCAUUAAAAAUGUUGUUGUUGUUUGUGAGCAGAAGUUCCCAACUGUUGUCCCACAAGACAAUCUGAGAGAGGACCGUGAGGUUCCCUGCAUUCAGACCAUUGAGACGACCAGUCUUCUGGCAAAGGGAUCAAUGAGAGCAAACCAUACAAGGAUUUACAAAUGGCUUAGGAGGAUGAACCUUGAUGGAACAUUUCUCACCGUCCCCACUGUUACCUUCCAGAGGGGCAUGACUGGUAGCAUUGACCUUUUGCCUGCAGAAGAACCAGAGUCUUACUUUGGUUUAAGAACUAUGUCUGUGAUUGUCCUUGAUGGCAUCACAGCUAAGUAUGCAGUUUCUGACAUUCCAAUGCUGCCAAAAGAGCACAGACUCUUCCACAAGAACAGUGUGUACAUUGUGACCGGCGGGCUUACAGGACUUGGGUUUGAAACAGUGAAGUUUAUAGCUGAGAGAGGCGGAGGGUACAUUGUCAUUCUGUCCAGAAGGAGCCCCAGCACUGAGAUGCAACUAGAGAUUGAUGCUGUGAAGCAGCAGAGUGGUGCGGUGGUUGUCUGUUUACAGUGUGACAUUGCUGUCACAGAACAAGUCAAACAAGCUGUUGUUACCAUUGAGCAGAGACUGGCCACAUACCCAAUAAAGGGGGUGUUCCACAGUGCCGUUGUUCUCCAUGACGCUCUUCUGGGAAACCUUGACAAAUCUCUCUUUGAGAAAGUCUUAAAGCCCAAAGUCAAUGGAGUCCUUAACCUCCACAAUGCCACCAACCACUGCAAACUGGAUUACUUUGUAUGUUUCUCAUCAAUUGCCUCAUUUUUAGGCAAUGCUUCUCAGACAAACUAUGCAGCUGCCAACUCGUUUCUUGAUAUGUUCUGUCAUUAUAGAAGACAACUUGGGCUUGCUGCCCAGUCCAUCAACUGGGGUGCACUGAACCUUGGUCUUCUCUUGAACAAAGACCAUCUGCAAAAAUUCCUAGAAGGCAAAGGGUUGAUGGUAAUGGGUGGUCAAGAAAUUCUUCAAAGCUUAGAGCAGUGUCUUCUCAUUAACAAGCCGCAACAGGUUGUGUGCAAAUUCAACUUGAAAACAAUGUAUCACCAUGGCUUUUCACAAAAUCCAUCUCUCUCUAAACGGUUAGGCUCGUUGGUUGUAGGUGACCUGACAGAUGUGGAAAUGUCUGAUUCACAAGCUGAGCAAAAUGAGGUGCCAUUUUCCUCACAUGAGUUUGUUAGGGCCAUACUCAGCAAGACCUUGAGUGUUGAGCAGGAGGAGUUGAACGAUGAGAUAUUUCUUUCAGCUCUUGGGGUUGACUCAAUGCUAGGAAUGACUCUGCAGAAUGCUAUUUUCCAGGAGCGAGAGGUCAAUGUUCCUCUUGUUAAAUUACUGGACCCUAACUGUACUGUUGCUAGCCUGACACUCAUGUUGAAUGAGAGUGCACAGGGAGAACUUUCAUAUGAUAGUACAUCAUUGUAGUCUUUAGGAAUGUGAAAUUGGCUAAGAACAAUAACGGUGAUUUAACAUCCAAUGAGGCCAUCAUUUUGCCAAAUCAAUUCAGUUUCUCUCAGACUCUCAGCUCACCUAUGUGCUUUCCAAUCCCAUGUAGAAAUAUUUCACACAUUGGGUGACUUAACGUGAAGGUAGUUAAAUCAAGUUAUCACAUUUGUGAAUAUGUUCAGGCAAUAUAAUGCUGAUUUACACAACUGUUUUAAUGCUAUGCACGAUUCAUAUGUAUUCACAUUCACAUGUACAAACUGUCUCUGUGUUUCCAUUUUUGUGCGUUAGUUACUGCUUGAAAUUAUGAAGCAAACAACACACUAUUAUUUUCAUCUCUUUUGUGCAUAUCCUUGAAUAUUGCAAUAUAAAUGUAACACAUUGUGAAACAUUACACUGUGAAUACUGUGAAAUAUAAUGUGUACAUUUCACUGUGCCAACAUAGCUGUUGAACAAAACUUUUUUCAUGAUGAAGCUACUUUUUUAAUUGGAUUGGGGUGAAUAUAUUAUUUGCGCAUGUGACCAAGUAACUGUUUUGUAAAGAGAUAACAAUCUUCUUGACACAUGCUGGUUGUAAUCUUUGUCACCAUCGAAAGACUUAUGAGGCAAUGGAGCAUUGGAUAUGACAUCUGAUGAU